AUGUGGAAUGCAUCUCAUGAAGAGAGAAAAGUUUUAUCAGAAAGCGUAGCUGAGCUUACUGAGAGCAUAACUGCCUAUAAGGCAAAUGAGAAUGUGCUGAAUCAUAAGACUGAUGAACUUCAACGGAUCAUUGACUCGCUGAGUAAUGACAAUGAGAAGAUAAAACUAGAGAAACAAGUGCAAAGUGAACAGUUAACAAAUAAUGUAGCUAGCCUGGAAAAAGAAGUUAACGAAUUGAAGACAAAAUUGAGUAAAGCUGAAUCAGAUGCUGAAGAAAUGCUACAAGAUCUAGAAAUUCAAAAAGACAAGAUCAAUGUUUUGCAAACUGAUAUUAUUUGUUUCAAAAGCAAUAUUGACCUCCUGAAAGAAGAAAAAGAAGUAUUACAGGAAAAAUAUAAUUCUGUGUCUAAGCAGCUAGAAAGCUACAAGGAGAAAAUUGAUUGUUUGAAAAUAGAAUUACAAGAUUCCUUUCUUAUAAGAGAUGAACAUAAGAAAGAAAUAGAAAAUCUACAAGCUGAAUGCACAUUUUUAAAGAAUGAAAUUUCAGCAUCUCAUGAAGAGAGAAAAGUUUUAUCAGAAAGCGUAGCUGAGCUUACUGAGAGCAUAACUGCCUAUAAGGCAAAUGAGAAUGUGCUGAAUCAUAAGACUGAUGAACUUCAACGGAUCAUUGACUCGCUGAGUAAUGACAAUGAGAAGAUAAAACUAGAGAAACAAGUGCAAAGUGAACAGUUAACAAAUAAUGUAGCUAGCCUGGAAAAAGAAGUUAACGAAUUGAAGACAAAAUUGAGUAAAGCUGAAUCAGAUGCUGAAGAAAUGCUACAAGAUCUAGAAAUUCAAAAAGACAAGAUCAAUGUUUUGCAAACUGAUAUUAUUUGUUUCAAAAGCAAUAUUGACCUCCUGAAAGAAGAAAAAGAAGUAUUACAGGAAAAAUAUAAUUCUGUGUCUAAGCAGCUAGCUGCAAGCUUAGAGCAGGAAGCAAAUCUAACAGAAAGGUUUGAAAAUGAAAGAGGUGAUUUGAAAAAAUCUUUGGACUCUUUGCAAGGAGAGACUGACCUAUUAAAGGUAAAAUUUAAUGCUGCUACUGCUGAACUUGAUAAGGCAAAACAAGCAUUUGAAAAUCACGAGAAAGAAAGUCAGACUUUACAGUGUGAGAAUACAGAAUUAAAAAAUCAGCUAAAAUUGGUAAUUGAAGAUAAUGAUGCUGCUAAAAAUGAAUAUGUGAAUAGAAUUGAAUCUUUACAGGCUGAACUUCUUUCAUCCAAAGAUGAGCUCCAAGUGCUACUAAAAGAAAAAGAAUUUGUGGAAAAAGAAUAUCAGAUAAAGUAUGAUGCUUUGGAUGCAGAAUGUGCUAAUUUAAGAAGUCAAGUUGAAGAGCUACUGGCAUCCAAGGAAGAAAUUGAAAAUAAUCAUGCUGUAGAAUUUAAGAGUAUGAUGACUGAUUAUUUCAGUUUAAAAGAUGAAUUUAACAGUAUUGUUGAUAAAUAUAAAGAUGAUUUGCAGUCAACAGAAGUUCGUACUUUACAGGAUGAACUUCAAAAAUUACAGAAAUCGAAACAGGAACUGUUGGAUCUGCAUAAAAGUGAAUUAAUUGAUUAUGCAAAGUUGAAGAACGAGAUAAAAGAUCUGUAUAAAAUGAAAGAAAGUGCAGAGCAAGAAUACACAACUACAAUUCAGAAUUUAAAGAACAAAGUUAUUGAGGCUCAAAAAGGUUAUGAUGACCUUAAAAUGCAGAUUCAAUCAAAAGAGCUAGAAUGCUGCUCCUUCAAGGAGAGAAAUGAGGAGUUGCUUAAGGAAAACAUUGCUUUGAUGGAGCAACGUGAAAUACAAUCCAUGGAGAGUCUUAAAGAAAAAAGUGAAGAAUUGUUGAAGCUAAAGGAACUUUUGACUGAAGAACAUAACAUUAAAGUACAAUCCAUGGAAAAAGAGCAUUCUUCAUUAAAGUCUAAGUUUAAGGAACUUAGAAAUAUUUUAGCUUGCGUGACAGAACAACACACCAAUGAAAUAGAAUCUUGGAAAUCUGCUUGCUCUGUUCUUGAAAGUGAAAAGCAGGAAAUAGUUGCAGCUAGUGAGUUGGUAAAGAAUGAGUUGCAUAAAAUGAAAGAUGUUGCUGAACAAGAGUUACAGAAAGGAAAAGAAUGA